UGGUAGUCGGUGUCGUACUGUGGAGAGGUUUGUGUGUCGCGCUGGUGGUCGCCAUGCGUGAUUUGGCCAGUAAAAUGGCCGAGUUAAAAUUUGAAGCCCCCCUAGCGCAAUUCGAGGAGACGGAUGAAUGGGGUUCGACCGAAUUUCAAACAGCCAAUCUGAAAAACGAGAAUGAACUGAACAACAUCAACAUGAACAGGAAAAACAAAGACCUGAACGACGUUUUGAACGAUUUCAGUGAGGACAUCAUCAAUAAUUCGAAUCCCGACAAUUUACCGCCAAAAACCAUCAUUUUGAAAAAUGGAGAUACCGCAUCGGUGGCCGAUAACUUUACAGAGACGUUCUCGGGUUCUUUGGAGGAUUUAGUGAAUACUUUCGAUGAAAAAAUUACCAAGUGUUUUGGGAAUUAUGAGGAAUCCGUCGAAAAACUGGCACCGGUUCAAGUGAGGACACAGGAGGAAAUCAUGAAUGAAUGCCAAAUGUGGUGGACCAUAACAGGAAAUUUUGGCAACAUUCUUCCCAUAGACUGGUCAAAAUCAUACGCGAGGAAGCUGCAAAUAAACGCUCUGCAUUUAGAAAAGGAACCACAAACCCCAGAAGAUGAUCUAGAUUUAAGUUCGGAGGAUGAAGCAGUGGCGAGCGAUUUAGAUAUGCAUGCACUUAUCUUAGGCGGCUUAAACCAAGACACAGAACCACUAAAAACUGCUGAUGAAGUCAUUCAAGAAAUAGAUGAUAUGAUGCAAGAUGAAACCAGUUCAUUGGAUGGCUCACCAGGUUCAAGAGACUCACUGAUUGAAAAUAACGAAGUAAUGGAAAAAGCAAAAGAAGUUUUAAGUUCUCCAUUGUAUGAAGAUAAACUGCGGGAUCUAAGCCUUUCCCAGCUAAAUGAAUUGUUCUUGGAGCUAGAAGUUCUGAUUAGGGAAUUUUCGGAAACACUGAUAUCAGAACUAGCUCUUCGGGAUGAACUUGAGUACGAAAAGGAGUUAAAGAAUACUUUCAUUUCCCUUCUUUUAGCUGUGCAAAACAAACGCAGACAGUACCACGUUGAGAAGAAACGGAAUGCAAAAAAUUCUGUAUUGAAAACCCCUAGCGGACUGGAUCCAAAGUAUUUAACAACUGUAAUUCCCUAUCACAUAGACAGUGGACCUCCAGAUAAUCAAACUUUGCAGGUUCUUAUUAAAAUUUUAAAAGCCAUUAAUGAAGACAGCCCUACAGUACCCACCUUGCUAACUGACUAUAUAUUGAAAGUUAUUUGUCCAACGUAAGCACAAGAUGGAUCAAAAUAUAGCCUCAAUAUAUUUAGCGAAAUAAGCUUUGAUGACAUAUUUUGAGUUGCAAUAUUAAAUAUUUAUUUUUUACUCGUUUGUUAUAGAUGUAAACUUUGUCCCACACAGUAAAAUCGGGCCUUAAUAAUUGAACUAGUAAUGAAAAUUUUAUAACACAAAACAUGUAACACAGUUACUCUAAGGAUAAUAUAUGUCUCCUAGCUGUUACCUUCUACCUAUUAGUAUAUCGGCAGAUUUAGUGUACCCGUUAGAUUGGCUUCUUGUAAAUUCUUAUUAAAUCUUGCACUUUAGAAGAAAAAUAAUGCAAUUAUAAACUAUGUACCAAGAAGUUUAAUAAAAAUAUGCCUUCUAACUAUGUAAUAUUAAAAAUGUAGAGUAAAAUUCGAUAUCAGGUUGACUUGAAGCUCUUUACGGCAGCUAGAAAUAAUUUAAUAUUUCGAAAGUAGUUUCAGUAAUUGUUCGUAUUAUAAAACGGGACUAAAAAUCAAACAUAUUUGCUGUGUGGUACAAAAUAGUUGUUCUUCUGUAAAUUACGUAUGAUUUGUUGUAAAUAUUUUGCUUAAACAUUCUAGUCUAUUGUAAUAUAAAAUGACAAUGUGAAAUGUUAAGUAAUAUACCUCUUUGUCUGUAUGCACACAUCUUCGCUAUAUUUUGUGCAAUAAGCACCUGUAACUCUCGUUUCCAAAAAUUUAGAUACAUAAUUGAAGAUUUUACAGUCGUUCCCUGAAAUUCAUGACUUUUUUAAAUCAGAUGUAACCUGUAACUUUUUAGAUCAUUAUCCUAGACCAUUUGUAAUAAGAAAAACUUUGAGUCGUUUAAAGAUGGAAACUAGAAGACAUUGUAGUGGUAAAUUUAGUUUGGUGAAAAUAAUUAUAAGAAGUUUUAAUCCUUUGCAGUAAUUAUUGUUCGAUGUAUUUAACUUGAAUAUUACAUACACGUUCUGUGUUUAACUGAAUUUUAUUUCAAAUUACCGAUUAUUUUGGUAGUAUCUGGGCAACUUUAUUAUUGUAUAUUUUUAUUUUAAAUGUUACAUUUUGUACAAAGUGAUAUUAACUUAAGGAUAUUUAUUGCUAUAUUUUCAUAUUCUUGCCAAUUUUUUUUCUUUUUUGUUUAUUUGUCAAGAUAAUUAUUGUAAUUGUAAAUCUAGGUCAUUUUAAGAUCUUUGUCUAAAUGUUACCUGUUCUGACAAAUGCCUGUGUAGAUCUCAAUUACAAAUAAAUCUUUGCCCUCAA